AUGGCCGUCUCACGAGAUGCGACCUCAUACCUACAACAAGUAUCGGCUCCGGCGCAAGCGUCGCACAGCACACAAUGCACGAAACCAGAGGCAAAGCCAUUGGAUCUGUGCAUCCUCCUCCAUUGCUCAGCUCGGCCUGGCAUUGAUGAUUAUAUGAUGGAUCUCUUCACGAACGUAGAGUUUGACAUCGGUCGCAUGGACUUUUUUGAAGCUUUCAACAUCGAAGACUAUUGUUUAUCGACUCACCAUCUGCGAUUUCGGUGCAUUUCCUAUGUUGACGAGAAUGAUCAAGUUGAUCCCAUGAUAUAUAUGGCUGUCGUUUCGUCAAGCGCAGUGAUUCUCACUCGCUUCGGCAUUGAUGAGCCUCACGGUGGAAUCGAGGUCAAGAGAGGUCAAGGUGAUAUUCUCUUGAGCCCUGGUGACCACGUGMAAGUGACGAACCAGUUCUCGCUGUCUUUCCACAAGCUGCGAUGCUUCAGAUCAAACCCGCCACGACUUGACGAAGUUCGGCGACAAGAGGUGACACGCUUCGCGGAUCGGUUUCACCUGACGAGCCGAGUGCUAGGCAUUGGUAGCUAUGCUGCUGUGUAUGUCGCAGUAAGAAAAAGCGACAACAAGCAGCUUGCGUGCAAGAUCGUCGAGCAUCGUCGUCACAGAACGAAAAGCGAAGUGAUCAGACUUCGCGAAGAAGCAACAGAAAGGGAGUACACCGUUCUUAAGAAUCUCUCACACCCCAAUAUCGUCUCUCUUGAGAAAGUCUUUCGCACUACACACAACGUGUACAUCUUCCAGGAGCUUAUCACUGGCGGUGAUCUGCUAUCUUUCCUCGACACAAGAUCAUGCCUCACAGAAGCCCAAGCCGCCGCAAUCAUACGGCAGCUUCUGGAGGCUGUCGAUUACUUGCAUCGCAAUCAAGUUGUUCACAGAGAUAUCAAGCCUGAGAACAUCCUCAUGACCUCCUGGCGGGAUGGUACCCGAGUGGUCCUCACUGACUUCGGCCAGUCCAGGACCAUUGUGGACUUGGAGAAUGCAGCAAAGAACGCAGGAAUUGGCCGUAUGCACUCUCUUGUCGGAACCUACGGGUAUACCGCACCUGAGGUCUACCAUCAAAUGAAGAGAGAUCUACAAGAUGGCUCUGGCUACAGCAAAGCAAUCGACAUGUGGUCAAUCGGCUGCGUCACUGCACUGCUCCUCACCAAUCAACCCGUCUUCCCAGAUGGAAGACAGCUCGCCUCUGGUCUCACAACAUUGUCGCAGUUCAGCUCACACCUCGAAGCAUUGGACGGAAACAGCGAGAUCUGGGCCAACGUAGGYCAUCGUGCCAAAGCCUUCCUCCGAGGCUGUCUCGCAACCAAGGAAGACGAUCGCUUCACAGCCAGAGAUGGCCUCAACCACGCGUGGUUCACGCAUCGAAGCUAUCAUGCCGAGUUCGAUGCUGCAUAUCAACGAGCAAUUCAGGACUGGAAGCCGAGACAUCACGAUGCUGAUUUGAUAGAGAUUAUGGACACCAGUGACAUUGCAGCUGAUGAUGAAAUCCGCUCGCGCCAUUUUAAAGCCUACGAGGACCUUCAUGCCAGCCCAGUGGUCCCCGAUACUCCUCCGCCACAGGCCUCCUCUCCGCCGUGGAGAACUUCUACCAUUCCACAUCGCUGA